AUGCCUGUGUUUGAUAAGCCGGAGUGGAUCCAUCAUGGCGGCGCGGCCAUCCUUGGAAUCGACAUCGACGCUUCGGGCGAGCGCCUGGCUACAUGCGGCUCGGAUAAGAAGAUCCGGAUAUGGUCCAUGCGACCUGUAAUAUCCGAGUCUGCAGAGCUAAACGCUUCCGUGCCCAAACAGCUCGCCGCGCUGAGCGAAUCCACCACGCCCGUCAACUGCGUCCGCUUCGCACCUGCGGGACGGCUGCUCGCCGCCGGCUCGGACGACUCAGACGCCUACGUAUUUGAGCUAAGGGAGGGCCGCGGCAGCGCGGUCUUCGGCAGCGGCGAGGCAGCCAACCUUGAGAACUGGAAGCUGCGUCUGCGGCUUCGCGGACAUGAGGUCAACGUAGCGGAUGUGGCUUGGGCGCCCGACAGUCGCCGCCUGGCGACAGCAUCCGUGGACAACCGAGUCAAGAUCUGGGACACCACCAGCGGCGUCUGCCUUCGCACUCUCGAAGGUCAUAUUGGCCAUGUUAAGGGACUCGCGUGGGACCCCUUUGACGUGUAUCUGGCCAGUCAGGGUGACCGGGAGGUCAUUGUGUGGCGGCUGGAGGACGGCCAGCAGGCGUGUCGUCUGGAGGACCCUUUUGUGGGUGCACCUAUCGUUAGCUUCGCGUUGCGCCCCUCUUGGAGCCCCGACGGCCAGGUGUUGGCGCUACCCAACGGCUAUGAAAACGGGGUGCAUGUAGUGCCGCUCAUCCGACGAAACACCUGGGCCCCUCGGGAGUUCUCCCUGGUAGGACACCGGGGGCCUGUCACGGUGGUGCGACAUAACCCGCACCUGUACCUGUCACCGCGAAGCAGCGGCGGUGGCGGCGGCGGCGGGGAAGCCGCCGCCGGCGCGCCAGCAGCGGAUGACGAUGCAGGCGCAGGAGGCAUUGCCGCUGUGGGCUCUUCAGACAAGUCCUUCUCCGUGUGGCACCCCGAAGUGGAGGCGCCGUUGCUUGUGGGCCGCGGCUUUUUUGACCGUAUGAUAAACGACGUGGCCUGGAGCGCCGACGGCCGCGUGAUGAUGCUGGCGUCGCAGGACGGUAGCGUGACUAGCGUAGUGUUCCAAGAGGGAGACCUGGGGAGCCGCGUGUCGGAGACAGAGGUGCAGGCGCUGAUGGCGAAGUUGUACGGUGACCCGCGGCUCCGAAACCAAAAGGCCGCGCUGACAGCAGCGCCAGACCUGCUGCAGCUGGAGGUCCGUGCGCGGGCGGAUGUGGAGCGAGAGGAGCGGCUGAACAACAGGCUGGGGCCAAGGGCGGCAGUCGCGGCGGCGGUGCCGCCGCCGGCUCCUGUGGCAGCGGGAGCCCUGCGGCCUCCCGUGCCGCAGCAGCGGCCGCCGGUGGCAGCAGCGGCAGCAGCGCCGACGGUCGCACCAAGCAACGGGUCGACAGCCCAGACGGGCCGAUUGCAGCCGCAACCCUCAGGGGCAGCGGUGGCGGCGUCGCAGCCGGCAGUGACCAGCACACAGCGAGCCGCCAGUCCUGCGAAGCCUGCCGCUCCCGGCGCCGGUGGGCGAGCAGGUUCAGGCAGCAAGGAUCCCGAGGUGCAACCAGCCAAACGCCCUGCACUGCAGCCCGUGCAGCUUGCAGCGGCUGCUGCGGCGCCGCCUCCAGCCACGGCGGCAGGACAGCAGCGAGGGGGGAAUGUAGCUUCAAGAUUAGCGGCGACGACUGGUGCAGGUAGCGGGACCACCGGCAUCCCCGCCGCCACUGCUAGCGGCGACGCGUUCGGCGCUGCCGUGCCGCCGCCGGCGGGUGGCGGGCCGUCGGUGCACCUCGUGCCGCCGGAGCCCAUCAAGCCCAUUCUGAGCGCGUUGAUACCCUUGCGUAGUGGCGUGGCGGGCGAGGUGCCGCUAACUUUAGAGCUCCAAGCUAACAACACCGGCCGAGAUGUCCGGCAGCGUCCCGUGGCCGAGCUGGUGUGCCUGUCUGGCGCCCGGCGUCAGUGGUCGGAUGCGUUGCAGGGCCAUGUCGUGGCGCUAGCGGGUUGCAGCCGCUUGAUUGCCGCAUCGACUGCCAAUGGAGACCUCAUGGUGUACAGCUUGGCAGGCCGGCGGCUGUUCCCGCCGAUCCGGCUGGGCGCCCCGGCCUCCUUCCUGUCCGCAGCGGCAGGCAGCGGGGUGCUGGUGGCGCUGCUGGCGGACGGGCAGCUACGCACAUGGGACUUCGCAGCUGGGGAGAGCUUGCUAGAGAUCAGCGUGGCGCCGCUGCUGGCUGGAGAUGCAGCACAGCAGGGCCUGCGGGUUGCCGCCGUACGGCUGAGCUCCGGGGGCUCCCCUGUGGUGGUGCUAUCUAACGCCUACGCCUACGUUUACCAGACUGACCUGCGCUGCUGGAUGCGGGUGGCGGAUGACGCCUUCCCGGCCUCUGCAUACACCUCCAGCAUGUCUGCCACUCCGGGUGAGCUCAGCCGGCUGCAGGCCUCCGCAGCACAGCGGCGCCACCCGCAUGAUGUUCUGGCGGCGAGCGCCACUCACGCCGCGCGUCCCGCCGCCGCCAGCCGCAGCGAACAGGCGCUGCUUGAGCACAAUAUGGCAGCGGCGGCGCCACGGCUCCGAGACCUCAUUUCCGAGCUCAUGGGGCCACUACGCUUCGGCAGCGCCACGCACGCAGGGCCAGGCCCAGGGCUAGCAGGUCAGAGCCGGGGCGCAGCUGCCGCCGCCUUUGAGCCGCCACUGGCGUCGUCCGUGGUAGGGCGCUGGCAGCCCAGCAUCCUGGGCUUUGACAAGCGGCGCCUUCUGCGGGAGGUUGUGCUCAAGGAGGUGGCCAAAAACCGCACCUACCAGCAAUUGGUUUCGGAGGUUCUGGACCAGCUCAAACAUGUGGACGCAGCGGCUCCGGGUCAGCCAGGGCAUGUCCGGCCACCCAGCGGCACGACAGCUGGGGCUGCGGCUGCAGUCGCAG